AUGACAAGGUUUAACUUUUUAUUGUGUUUAACGAUUCUUAUUUCUUUGGGACUGUCCGGGAGCGAUGAGCCGGACCUCUUUCAGGCUCCACUGAGUGAGAUGUCCUCGGAUGCUGGAGUCUCUCUCUUUGAUCUGGAGGAUGUGGACUCUUCUGAGUGUUCCGCGUGCGUUUGGAGAGAACAGAGUAAAGUCUUACGGCUGGAAACAAUCAAAUCACAAAUCCUUAGCAAACUGCGCUUAAAACAAGCGCCCAACAUCAGCAGAGAGGUGGUUAAUCAACUUCUUCCCAAAGCACCUCCGCUGCAGCAGCUUCUGGACCAUCACGACUUCCAGGGGGACGCAUCCUCCCUAGAGGAUUUCAUGGACGCCGAUGAGUAUCACGCCACUACCGAGUCCGUCAUCACCAUGGCCUCAGAGCCUGAACCUCUGGUGCAGGUGGAUGGGAAACCCAGCUGUUGUUUCUUCAAGUUCAGUCCAAAACUGAUGUUUACCAAGGUCCUGAAAGCGCAGCUGUGGGUUUAUCUGCGGCCACUACAGCAAACUUCCACUGUUUACUUGCAGAUCCUUCGCCUUAAACCUAUCACUGAGCAAGGAAGCCGACACAUCCGUAUCCGGUCACUCAAAAUAGAGCUCAGUUCGCAAGCGGGUCAUUGGCAGAGCAUUGAUUUCAAGCAUGUGUUGCAGAACUGGUUCAAGCAGCCACACACAAACUGGGGCAUUGAUAUAAAUGCCUAUGAUGAGAGUGGCAAUGACCUGGCUGUGACGUCUCUGCGGCCUGGAGAGGAAGGACUGCAGCCGUUCCUGGAGGUCAAGGUUCUUGAAACAACCAAGCGCUCACGGAGAAAUCUGGGUCUUGACUGUGAUGAGCACUCCACAGAAUCCCGCUGUUGUCGCUACCCGCUCACAGUGGACUUUGAAGCUUUUGGCUGGGACUGGAUCAUUGCACCCAAACGUUACAAGGCAAACUACUGUUCAGGCCAGUGUGAGUACAUGUUCAUGCAGAAGUACCCACAUACUCAUCUGGUUCAGCAUGCCAAUCCUAGAGGCUCAGCAGGGCCAUGCUGCACACCCACAAAGAUGUCGCCGAUAAACAUGCUGUACUUCAAUGAUAAACAGCAGAUAAUCCAUGGCAAAAUCCCAGGAAUGGUGGUGGACCGUUGUGGCUGUUCAUAGAAUUAUGUGUUUUGGUUGAGCUAAGGGGAA